AUGGGGAAGAGAAGGAGACCAAGAAAUGAUGAAGCACAAAAAGGUUCAAGUGUUGAAGGAGCCACCCCUUUUCAAGAAUCUCAACAGCAAGAAGCAGUGGCUUCUGGAAGGAGUGGAAGAGUGUUGAGGAUGAAACAAGAACCCCAACAAGCUCUUCUAUUGUCACCUCCAAGUGAUAGGGCUAAAAUCGCAAGACCUGUUCAAAAAAAUUCUGAACUGCGGAAGUUAGAGAAUGGAUAUAAGACAUGUUGUUUGUUACGGGAUAAAGGUUUCAGGGGAUAUGCUCUUUCUUAUAGGCAGCAUGAUUCUCUGAACUAUUCUGUAGUGUACAGAAGCCUACAUGUUCUGUUUGUUCAGGGUUUUGCACCAUCGGAUGCUUCACCUUCCCAUCCCAGGUAUCAAACUCGCAAGUCUUUGAGGGCAAUCCUUGGUCGGUGUGAGUCUAUUACUACAACACCAAGGUCUCCAAUUCGACAUGUUAAGGCGUCAUAUCCUUCAUGUGCUACUUCUGACUUACCUGCUCAUCUUACUACUGGAAUUUCUAAAGCAAUAAAAGAAACGCUUGAUGACUUUGUGCCCGCAGAACUUGAACAUCAAUCUAUUCUAACUAACUGUGGUGUCUUGGGUGUGGAAAAUCAGAAACAAGGGCAACACGCUCAAACACCACCUUUGCCUGAAGUUGUAGUUAAGAACAAUGCAACAGUUAGUAAGGCUGAUGUGGUGUUAAAUGCUAAAGCCACAGAAGCGGAAACCAGAAGUAACCAGAGUGGUGUGCUUCCGACAAAAUCCAUGAGUCUUAAUCUCACAAGGAUAGCUGCACUAAUGAAUGAUUAUCCUUCUGAUGCUGAUGAGGUUGAAUCAAGACCUGGUCACAUGUCAGUCAUGAUGGAUAAGUAUAGAGUUAAGGAGGAAGCAGCACCUGUCCUCCAGAAGAUCUUCCUUAAAUAUGGAGAUAUUGCAAUGAAUAGCUCUUUCUCUUCUGUGAAUUUCUCUUCAUCACUCUUGGAGUUUGUUUGCGACAUCUGUAAGAAAUUGGAGGAAACAGAUUUCUUAAGUAUAACUUCCAAGGAGAUUCAGUCCAUGCUUGCUGAAGCUAGAGAUCUUGAGGCUGCCAAAAUAGAUGUUGGGUGGCUCAGUCGAAGGUUAAAUGAUAUCUCUCAGGCCAAGCAACUUCUACAGGACAGCUUCAAACUGAAAGAGGCAAAAACCAGGAACCUUGUAGUGAUGGAGACAAACAAGAAAGAACUGGAAGAAUUGAAGGAAGAGUUGGCUGCUUGCAUUGCAACAUGCCGCGUUUUGCAACAAAGAAUCCACAAUAAAGAGGAUGAGUUUGGCAUUGCACGUUCUCAGAACGAAAAAAUCACGCAGAACUUUGCAGCUUUGAAGUCCAAGGUGAACAGUUUCCUGAAGAAGUCCUUGGUCCAUGACCUUCUCUGAGCAGCCUGGUGUUUGUAGUUGUUCUGUCCUGGAUAGGACCAUAUGAAUGAUCUUUUUCACUAAUUUUUAAUCCCUAACUAGUUCUGUUAUCCCAUAAUAUACAAAUUGUUAUGUUCAACCAUUGAGUCAUUGACCCCUAACUGCAUAUGAGUUGCAGAAGAACUGAAACAGAAUCAGAUAGACUAGUUUUAUUUGCUAUUGCGGAAUGGAAUGAGCAGAGAUGUAGAAACUUUAUUAGCAUUUUCAUUGCAAUUCAAUUAAGAGAA